AUGCGCGCGCCCUCAGCCGUUCUGGCCAUUGCAUUUUCCCUCUGCCUCAGCAGCAGCGCGGCACCAUUCAACAUCGUCGAGGUUCCCACAUUCGUUCACGAGGAACCUGGAUUUCCGCUAGAAGGCGCCGCUCCGCCACUCGAAGGAUCGCCAGAGGUUCCCUUCCUCGAGGGACCGGAAAUAUGGCGACCGGAGCUAGAGACUCCACCGGCGUUCACACCAGAAGGCUCACCGCCGCCCGAGGGCGAAAUCCAGCCAGAGCGACAAGAUGCCGCAGCGCCAGAGGGAUCGCCGCCGCCGCCGCCCGAGGGCGACGCCCCCCCGGACAGCAAUGAGAUACCGAGAUAUAGAGAAGAGGACAGGACUCCAAUCGACCCCAAGCAUCGACAUGCAGGCAUUUGGGACCCUCUUGUUCCCGAUGUUCCUGAAAAGGACGACGCGCCGACUACCCGUGUUUAUUACACGGUCAAGUAUACCGAGGGAGGCAUCAAGAACCAGGGCGGGAGUCGCAACAUAGCGGCGACGAUUCACGGCAGCAACGAGCAGUUUAUUAUUGAUAAUAUGAGAGAGUGGUCGGGCGACACGCUCGAGGCUAAGCGGAGCAAGAGUAAUCCUCGUAUUAUUGUGGUGUCGCCGGUGAAGCCGGUCAAGACGAUGAAUGAGGCGAUUGAAGUGAAUAAAUGGGCUAAGAACCUGGUGCAGUCUAAUACUAAAGGCAACGGCAAAGGAAAAGGCAAAGGACCGAAGUGGUAA